CACGAGGCAGGAGGCUGCUCAUCAAUCCUGGACCCCCAAACACAGAAAACCUCUCGAAAGGAGUGAAUCUUCAUAAAUUAGGCUUACCCCUCGAUUAAGCCUGGUCCAGGAAAUUGCAGGUUCGGGAUCAAGUUUUGUGGCGCCAUUGGCAACAUGAAUGGUCACGGCAACAACUUGAGCGACCACGACGUCGCUGUAUUUUGGGAUCAUUCGACGUGCCCCUCGCCUAGUUCGCUUACAGGAUAUGAAGUCGCAAACAGCAUCAGAUGCAUCGCACAGACUUUUGGGAGCAUAAAAGUCUUCAAAGCCUACCUGUCUAUCUCUCUACACGAGCCCAGUUCCAAGCGCGACAGAGCAUCAGCUCUUCGAUCUGAACUCCAAGUGUCUGGCGUGUCACUGACGGACGUUGACACCAGCACUCCGUCUUUGAAUGCUGGUCUGAACGUGAUGCUCGCUGCCGAUAUGUAUGCUUACGCCUUGGACAAGACGCCCUUAACGGCGACCAUUGUGCUCGUAACCAAUGCGCCUGCUCUUGCGUACGCAGUCUCCCUCCUACGGCUGCGCAAUUACCGCGUGGUCGUCGUCACGUCCUCACUGGGAGGCCAGGAUACAAGCUUGGGCUUGACUUCCCAAGGGUCUAUUCACUUCGAUUGGGAUACGGACGUCUUAAAAUACAUGUCACUUCCCAAUGCGAUGCCUGGGACUUCUACAGCUUCACCCCACAAACGUUAUCCCAUGCGCCCACACAGCCGAGCGUCUUCCCCGGAUUUCACCAGAGAAGACAGGCCUUCUGGCGCAGAACAGCGAGCGCGAAUUGCAUCAGGCGAAGAAGUGGAAUUGAAGAACUUCAGUCUUCCGCAGAAUCCACACACCGUGAAAAGGAAAGCUCGAGCAUCGGACACGGAAACUCCAGACGAGCUCUUGUCCCCUCAUUUUCGAGGAUUCUCGUCAUAUCUCCAAUCGGACCGACCAUCCACCCCUUCUGAGAUCACCGGUCGUCCAUUAAGCAAGCUCGAUCGACCUCUGGUUGAGGAUUCCGUCAAGGGCAUUACUAGCAUCCCUUCAACUCCUAGAGCUACUGGGAAGUCAACUGCGGUGGGGACGGGUAGCAUUCCGGCACGUGCGCAGGUUAAUGUCGAGGAGCUAAUGCCUCGAACAAUCGCUUUCCAACCUACAGCAUCAACUCCCUCUACCAGCUUAUCUCCCACUGCCAGUGUUUUCCAACCGUCACUCGCAACCCUCGGUCAACGACCAACACCAUCUGGUCAAUUCAUGAGCCCAAGAAUUCCAUCCACGUCUUCUAUAUCCUCUCCGCAGAAAGCGAGCUAUUCCCCUCAGCCUUCUGCAAGGACCUCUGUGGUGCCUGCGUUCCAACCUUUGGUCGAUAUUCUGAGAUCUCAACGUGCCAAGGGGUCGGCCACUCCCUUGCGAUCGUCUGUCGCACUGGAGUUGAUUCAAAAGGACAAGGAUGUGUAUGCAAAGGCCGGGGUACAGAAAUUUUCUCAAUAUUCUGCACUAGCUGAGAAGGAAGGAAUCGUUAAACUCGGGGAAAACUGCCCGGCACCUGCUAAUUACACGGGAUAUGACCUUGUAGAUGCUAUACGCCGAAUGGCUCAACAGUUCGGCUCCGUCAAGCUCUUCAAGGCGUACCUCGAGGUGUCGGAGCAAGUUUUGAAUGCCCGUUCAUUGACUUUACGCUCCGAACUCCAGGUUUCUGGAGUUUCUUUGACAGACUGUCCCCAUAAUGGGCGUAAGGACGCUGCAGAUAAAAUGAUGCUGGUGGACAUGCUGGCCCAUGCUAUCGACCACCCUGCACCGAGGACUUUCAUAUUAAUUUCUGGCGACCGUGAUUUCGCCUACGCUCUGUCCACGCUCAGAUUGAGAAGAUACAAAGUUGUCCUUGUCACCUUGCCCAAUGCUCAUGCUAGCUUGAAGGCACAAGCAACCACCUGCCUCGACUGGUUCACCGACGUCGUCGACAUUAUCACGCCCCCUCCAUCAUCUCCCAAGAAAUCUGGGAGGACAUAUUUCACGGGAAACACAGGAUGGAACAGCAGAAGAUAUGACGACAAUACCGACGACGGCCCGAUACGAAUUGACAAAGAAAACGGAGAUGAAGAAAAACAAUCGAAUAAACUAGCAGUUACUCUAGAAUGGACUCGCUCUUCGUCCUCAGCGUCGCAGGGAGAAAGCACUGGCCCCAAGGACUUCAAGCCCAGGAAACCCUUCCCAUCCCAAAGCAAUACCAGUCCUUCGAAGACACCGAAGAAAGCUCAUCAGGCUGGACUGCCGCCUUCCCAGACUACACUGAAUCAGUUCUGGCUGCUCGAAGAACGGCAGUCGUUCUUAACACCUCCGGAAAGACCACCACUUCGAACCGAGAAAAGCAAUGCAUCAAACGAGUUUCAUAGCACUUCGCCUACUAAAGCUCGGGCUGAAACCCCGCGAACCAGAGUUCGCGAUAUUCGAGACAGAACGACCGCAUCUAUCGACACAUUCGACCCUGCCAAGGACGUAUUCCAGGCAACUCAGAGGAAGCCCAAGCAAUACGACACCGUUUCCUUAAUAUCUGACGAUCUCACUUCCAACAUCUCUUCCAACUCCAACAUCACUUCAGAAUUAGAAAGCUCUGCUGACAUGACCUUUAUCCAACCUCCGUCAUUCAGAUACCAGUCUUCUACAUCAAGCCCCAGUGUCUCCGCCGCAAAGAUUGUCCCAGAUCCGUUGAAACCUCUCGUUCGCCAACUACAGUGGUAUUACAAGCACGGAAACUAUAUCGUAUUGCGCUCCAAAAUCGGUGCGGAUCUUGUAACGCGUUACAAGAAUGUCUACAAGAGGGCGAAGGUCAGGAACUUCACCGAGUAUGUCCUGCUUGGAGAGAAGGAGGGCAUAUGUGAGUUGGGAGGGACAGGCGCGGAGGCAUGGAUUCGAAUGUGUGCUGGCUGGGAGCUGGCUGACACCAAAUGGUGA